AACAAAGCUUGGAAAUAGCCAUUAUUUCAACUAAGAAAAAUGAAAGUCACAAGCUACUCUCGAAUUCUAAUAAUCUUGGCAGCACUUGUGGGUGCUCUUGUUGUUCCCUUGAAGGCUCAAGACAGCCAGCAAGACUAUGUAAAUGCUCACAACCAGGCACGAUCGCAGAUAGGCGUAGGCCCCAUGCAGUGGGACGAAGGACUUGCAGCCUACGCUCGGAACUACGCAAACCAACUAAAAGGAGACUGCAGACUCGUACAUUCCCGUGGGCCUUACGGGGAGAACUUGGCAAAGAGUGGCGGUGACUUGUCUGGUGUUGCUGCCGUGAACUUGUGGGUUAACGAGAAGGCUAACUACAACUACGAUACAAACACGUGCAACGGAGUUUGCGGUCACUACACUCAGGUCGUUUGGAGAAAUUCUGUGAGACUCGGAUGUGCUAAAGUGAGAUGUAACAAUGGUGGAACCAUCAUCAGUUGCAAUUAUGAUCCUCCGGGGAACUAUGCGAACCAGAAGCCUUACUGAUGUGUGAUCAUGUUACACAUAUGGCAUAUACACACACAUAUAAAACACGGACCUGCACAAAGGACGUGAAUAUAUAUUUCAAUAAGAAGCAUCAUAUGCAGGAUGUGUAUAAAUAUUUAUUAAAAAAUACAAAUAAGUUAAAGGCCUCUAAAACCAAAAGAAAACUCUAGGCUUGCUCUAAGAAAAAAAUAUAUUGGCAUUUCUUAGAGUUAGAGCACGUAAUAUUCUUAAAAAUCCGUUUCCACAUAUUUUGGUUCUACAUUCCCGAUUAUUAGAAUUCACCUUAGUGGCUGUUGAGAGGACAGACUCUCCCCAGAUGUAGUGGCUGCGGUCGUGAAUUGGGUUACCAAAG